AUGGAUCAGUUUGGAGACGAUCUGAACAAAGCAGGCGAGGUGGGGAAGUUCUUUGGGGGCAUUGCCAAGAGCGAGACCGUGGGUGAAACAGUGAAGGCCUUUGUGCCUGCAGGGAUACCAAGGGGAGCUGGGAAGGAGUAUGGGUCUGUCAGAAACACGGUGGAGAAUGCAGGGAAGAAGGUGAAGCAGACGUUUGACAAGGUUGGGGACGAUACCAGGAAGGCGGUGAAUGAUGUGAAGCAGAAGUUUGAUAAGGCAGGGAAUGAUGUGAAGCAGACGUUUGUGAAGGUUGGGGAAGAUACCAAGAAGGCAGCAAAUGACGUGAAGGAGAAGUUUGAUAAGGCGGGGAAUGAUGUGAAGCAGUCGUUUGUGAAGGUUGGGGAUGAUACCAAGAAGGCAGCAAAUGAUGUGAAGCAGAAGUUUGAAAAUGCAGGGAAUGAUGUGAAGCAGACGCUUGUGAAGGCUGGGGAAGAUACCAAGAAGGCAGCAAAUGACGUGAAGCAGAAGUUUGAUAACGCAGGGAAUGAUGUGAAGCAGUCGUUUGUGAAGGUUGGGGAAGAUACCAAGAAGGCAGCAAAUGACGUGAAGGAGAAGUUUGAUAAGGCGGGGAAUGAUGUGAAGCAGUCGUUUGUGAAGGUUGGGGAAGAUACCAAGAAGGCAGCAAAUGAUGUGAAGCAGAAGUUUGAAAAUGCAGGGAAUGAUGUGAAGCAGACGCUUGUGAAGGCUGGGGAAGAUACCAAGAAGGCAGCAAAUGACGUGAAGCAGAAGUUUGAUAACGCAGGGAAUGAUGUGAAGCAGUCGUUUGUGAAGGUUGGGGAAGAUACCAAGAAGGCAGCAAAUGACGUGAAGGAGAAGUUUGAUAACGCAGGGAAUGAUGUGAAGCAGACGUUUGUGAAGGCUGGGGAAGAUACCAAGAAGGCAGCAAAUGAUGUGAAGCAGAAGUUCGAAAAUGCAGGGAAUGAUGUGAAGCAGACGAUUGUGAAGGUUGGGGAAGAUACGAAGAGGGCAGCAAAUGAUGUGAAGCAGAAGUUUGAUAACGCAGGGAAUGAUGUGAAGCAGACGUUCGUGAAGGCUGGGGAAGAUACCAAGAAGGCAGCAAAUGACGUGAAGCAGAAGUUUGAUAACGCAGGGAAUGAUGUGAAGCAGUCGUUUGUGAAGGUUGGGGAAGAUACCAAGAGGGCAGCAAAUGAUGUGAAGCAGAAGUUUGAUCAGGCUGGUGCAGAUAUCAAAAACUUUUUUACGAGACCUUGGUGGCGGAAGUAA